AAGGUGAGAUCCGGGAGCUGCCCGUCUCUGCAGGCUCGGCCGGUGGCCGCUGCCCGGCACUGGGCUCUCGGCGCUGCGAGGCGGAGAGGCCCGGGCCCGGCGCCGCCCGCGCAGCCCUGGUCGCGGCCGCCGGCGCUGCAGCGCGGCGGGGGGCGGGGCCGGCUGCCGGGGAGGCCCGGGGGGCUGGGGAGCCUCCCGGCCCGGCCGGGUGACACUGGCUGGGGCUCCGGCCGCAGCCACAGGGGCCGGGCCGCCGCGUGACUGGCCGCAGUCACGCUGUGCUUAAUCACAAUUAGCUUGUGCUCCAGGCUGGCCGCGCUCCCAUUUCUCCCAGCCGGUGACCCCGGGGAUUUCUCUUAUGGUGGCUUUCUCUGAAAUGCCAAAACCACCCGAGUAUUCAGAACUGAGUGACUCUUUAACGCUUGCCGUGGGAACAGGAAGAUUUUCGGGACCAUUGCACAGAGCAUGGAGAAUGAUGAACUUCCGUCAGAGGAUGGGAUGGAUUGGAGUGGGAUUGUAUUUGUUAGCAAGCGCAGGAGCAUUUUACUAUGUUUUUGAAAUCAAUGAGACUUACAACAGGCUGGCCUUGGAACACAUUCAGCAGCACCCGGAAGAGCCCCUUGAAGGAACCACAUGGACACACUCCUUGAAAGCUCGUUUACUCUCCCUGCCUUUUUGGUUUUGGACAGUUAUUUUUCUGAUACCUUAUUUACAGAUGUUUUUGUUCCUUUAUUCUUGUACAAGAGCUGACCCCAAAACGGUGGGCUACUGUAUUAUCCCCAUAUGCUUGGCAGUUAUUUGCAAUCGCCACCAGGCAUUUGUCAAGGCUUCUAAUCAGAUCAGCAGACUACAACUGAUUGACACCUAAAAUCGGUCACCAGUUUUUCCUUACAGUUACAAAACUGCCAGUACUAUAUGGAGCCUGAUCACAAGACUGCAGUUUGUUCACAGAUCUCAGGAAGUUGUGGUGGCGCAGAGGCUUUCUAAAAAGUGUGACUAGGGGGCUAUCUUUGUCUGAAUAACAAUGAAUUUUUAAGUGAAGCCUGAGAUACAGUACUACAAAAUCAUGUUGAUGACUUCAGAUUUUGGAAGUAAAAUCGUGUCUGUUAUUUGCAUUCUUUAGAAACUUGAAUAAGUACCUGAACUCCUAUUUUUAUUCUACUGUGCAACAUAGUGAUGAUUCAGAAAUUUUUCCUUUGGGGAAAAAAUGAAUAUGAACAUUUCCAUUGUGCUUAAUGUAAAAAGGUCCAAACAUGGUCAUAAAAUUUAAAUUUUAUACAAUUACUUGGCUUGCUUUAAAAUUCUUCAAACUAAAACACCAGUUCAACCUGUUGUAACUAAGUCAACUAUUUAUGCUUGCUUGCUAUCAGUUUGUGAGAAAUUGGUAUAAAAUUCCAGAGGUGAUGGCUAUCUUGAUAAGCAAAGUUUGUGCUUCCUUUUGGUGAUGCUACUGGCAUUAUCAGCGAUAUUACCGCUACUAGUUUUUAAAAAAUUACUUGGGAAGAAACUAAAUGUUUGAAAGUUGAGAAAUCUUACACACAGACGAUGGAAACGAGGUGUUGAGUGAAAAUAUUUAGUCUGGUCCCUGUCAGAUGUGUGACACCCCUCUAAAAUACUACCAAGUCGUCAUCCUUCGAUUUUCUUUUCUGGCCUAAGGUCCAGC